AUGAUUUUCAACGGGUCCGCGACCGAUUCUAUAAUGGCGUUCAACCCGUUUCUACUCCACAGGCCUGCGGAUUACGGCAUGGGGUCGCUGUUUGCGCAGUCCCCGUUCAUGCCCGGCAUGACGUUGCAGCCCCCGGGACUGACGGCGUCGCUGCUGCCCAAGUUGCAGCACGGCAUGGGGCGUUCGCCCCUCACCCACGCCGACUUGAUGCCCCACCCCGACCACUUCAGAUCGCUGAGGGGUUUGGAACCGCCCGAAGUGGAGGUGAACGACGACCCAAAGGUGGAACUGGAUUGCAAGGAAUUGUGGGAGAGAUUUCACAAAUUGUCUACGGAAAUGGUGAUUACGAAAUCUGGGAGGAGAAUGUUCCCACCGUUCAAAGUGAAGGUGUCGGGACUCGACAAGAAAGCCAAGUACAUCCUGUUGAUGGACGUUGUCGCCGUGGACGACUGCAGGUACAAGUUCCACAACAGCAAGUGGAUGGUUGCCGGCAAGGCGGAUCCAGAGAUGCCCAAGAGGAUGUACAUCCACCCUGACUCCCCCAGCACGGGAGAACAGUGGAUGCAGAAACUCGUGUCCUUCCACAAGCUGAAGCUGACCAACAAUAUAUCUGACAAGCACGGAUUUACUGGACUGGGCUUCUUUCAGACCAUUCUCAACUCCAUGCAUAAAUAUCAGCCUCGUUUUCACCUCGUCCGAGCCAACGACAUCCUCAAGUUGCCGUACAGCGCCUUCCGAACAUACGUCUUUAAAGAGACUGAAUUCAUCGCCGUAACCGCCUACCAAAACGAAAAGAUUACGCAACUGAAAAUUGACCACAACCCUUUUGCGAAAGGUUUCAGAGACAUGGGAGGAGGCAAAAGAGAAAAGAAGAGGCUGAUAGCACACACGGGUCACCAGGGUGUUCCCGGAAUGAGUACCGAACACGUCCCGGGCGAUGAUGACACUCUCGGAAGUGAUAACGAGGACCACGAGAUUUGCGUCGAUGAAAGGUUGACUCCUCCCACGCUGACCUUUGACCCCAGUCGACCAAUGCUGAGUUCAGACAACAGCGACCUAACAGCGUCGACAACGGCACCGAGAUCCCCUCAUGACGACCAGGUGUUGCCUCCAAACUCCAGUGUCAGUAGAACCACCACGAUGGGUACCGGUCUAGACCAGCAUGUCAGGAAGCAGAGGAUGGACGAAUCGGACGAUAGUUUUUACUACAGCGAUUCCCCUCAUUCAGUUCACGAACACCACAGAGAGGACCCGAGUGAUCGAAAGACCGAACCCCACCGAGAGGACCCAAGUGAUCGAAAAACCGAACCCCAGCGAGAGGACCCGAGUGAUCGAAAGACUGAACAUCACCGAGAAGAACCGAGUGAUCGAAAGAGCGAGGAGUUCCAAGCAGACGUAAGGGAUUCUUCUAUGUGUUUAGACAAUUCUGACUCUGAGAAACACGCGCUGAAAGAUAGAGGGAUAGAAAGAAAGGAUGAUGUGAAGGGCUUGAACGUGAUGGAUAUUGAAAAGCAGGACGAUUCUUUGAACCAUGUCGCUGUGGUGCGACACAUAGAAACAAUCAGCCCCGUGGGUGUUGCUCAUAACCAUAACGUGGAUGAAGCAGCCCGCGCGGACAAGACACAAGACAUUCAAAUGGACUCGAGUUCUGCGAGCGAACCUAGUGAAAGAGAUCAGAAAGUGGAAGUGAAUUCCAAACACAGUCCAAAGCCGACCGAAUGUCUUCAGAGUGAAUACUCCAAGUUUAAAAUAGAACACUUGUGCUCCAGUGCUGAACGUUCGAGACAGGAGCGGGAGAGAUCUCGGGCUGAGCUGGACCGAUUGGAUUCCGAAAGGUCAGACUCUGAUGGCGAUUUCCAAGGCAGGAGUUUCGACAAAGAGCGCGAGAAAUAUUUCUUCAAGGAACACCGGAGUCCGCCGAACGUCACCGUGAUCCACCCGUCUGCGAGCCACCCGAUGUUUUCUUACUUCUGCCCGCCAGGGGGCCUGUGUCCCCCGUCCACGGCAUCCCUCCCGUUCCCCAUCAACCCCAGCAUCUUCUCCCACAUACCGAGCUCGCUUCUACCGGGUUCUUCGCCGAACAUGUCUCACCUCGCGUCGCCCCACCUUCACCACGGCCCGGGCAGCGCCGCGCUGCUGGGAGCGCAGGGACUCUUUCCAAACCUACCUCAGAGCUACUCAUCCAUGAACCAUUCUCUAGGAAUGCCGGUCAGUUCCUUGUCUCAUCUGCACGGAUCUCAUCAAGUCAAUUUUCUGUUCGCGUCUCGAUCGGGACAAAGGUACAGCCCUUAUUCUCUCCCCGUGACAAAGACCACAGCGGCCACGCCCAACAACACACUGGCCGGCAUGCACCUCGGUUUGAAUGACGGUAACAGAUCGCUUACGUCAACGAUGCAUGGCGGAAGCAGUAGCAGCAGCACUCCGCCCCAUCACCGGAAAUCACCUUUGUUUGGGGUCACUUCCGCUUCCGGAAAUCCCAAUAAUGAACUUAAAAGCAUGGAGAGAAUGUUAAAUGGACUGGAUGGGAAGUUAGAUAGGAGAGAAUUGGACUGAAAGUGCAUUGGAUUAUAAAUUAAUUUAUUGAACGAUUACCAAAGAUUUUUUUUUUUACAAAGAAGGCUGUGCUAGUGACUACCGAUGAUUAUAAUUUGUGCCGUCAUACUGAAAACCCGACCGUGUUCCAGAAAGACAGAUUUUGCGAGUUGUCUUAUAGACAAGAUGUUGUGUGUUUGUUGUGUGUUAAAGUAUAUUUUGUUUUACUCGGUGUUUAUUUCUUGGACGUGUACGGUGACAAUUAGUUAGUGCUACGCAUAUAUGGAAGAACGUACACGUUUACCGUUCGGGGGGUGGGGGGGGGGGAGGUAUUUGUGUUGUGAUACUGACAAAAAAUAAUUUAUGGAACUGUCUUUUUAUUAAUUAUUUCAUUGGUAUUUUAAAGACAAGGUUGCACGCUAUAUGACCUAUUAAAGAUAGAGUGCCGCGGAUUGUGUGACUUGAAAUAAUUAUACCCUGUACGGUCCUCUUUAGCUAAAAAAAUUUAGCUAAAAAUAAUGUUAUUGUUCAUAUUUUUGGCUUCGUAACAAUAAUUCAAUUACAUACCAAAAUAUUUGGCGACUACGUAGCUGGUAGAAUAAAAUCUUUCUGGAAAAAGAAUUAAUGUGUAUAUUUCAAGGCAAAUUUUUGUCGGCCAUUUUGAAGGUGAAAUGGCGUGCGACCCUGGCUUUAAAUCAUGUUGUAAUUUCUUUCAUGGAUCUCAUUGUUGAAUUAUACCAAAGACAUUUUUUUGUUCAGACAAAAUCGAUGGUUUCUUUGAAGCUUUACGGUAUUUGGCACUGUUCUCACUUACCGGUGUUCUGAUAGUUCUGGAAUAUAACACCUAGGGUUAUGAAUAUUGUGAUAUGUUUAAAUUGGUAAGUGUUUUACAGAAGUUGUCAAUUCGAAGUGGGUGGCAUUAUUUUGUUUACUGUAUACAAAAUAAAAAUACAUCUA